AUGGCUGAUGAUGCCGACGAUGUAGAAUCUGGCUAUCGAUGGGAAAGUUCAUUCGAGCGUACCUGGGAAGUUCUUGUUGAAGAUGAACAAGGAUCUCUUAAGAGCACUGUCGAUGAACUCCAACGAGCUCGUAAGCGAAGAGUGGCUGAUAGAAAGGCUAAUGUACGACUCGGCUUGAUGCGUCAUAUGUAUAUCAUUGUUGAUAUGUCAUCAGCUAUAUCCAUUAUAGAUUUAAAGCCUAAUCGACUAGUAGCUACAGUGAAGCUUCUAGAUGAUUUCAUAACGGAAUAUUUCGAUCAAAAUCCGAUUUCUCAGCUAGGAGUCAUAAUUACAAGAAAUAAAAGAGCUGAGAAAUUGACAGAUAUAGGAGGAAAUCCUAGACGCCAUAUUGCGGCUUUACGACAAGCUGCAUGUAAACCAUGCAUUGGAGAGCCUUCGCUGCAGAAUGCUCUUGAGUUAGCUUCUCAAACGUUAAGGCAUGUACCUAGUCAUGCGAGUCGUGAAAUUUUAGUUAUUUAUGCAAGCUUAACCUCUUGCGACCCUAGUGAUAUCCAUGCUACAGUUAAGAACUUAGUCGAAGAUAACAUUAGAUGUUCAGCUAUUGGACUGUCAGCAGAAAUGUAUAUAUUGAAAAAAUUGGCUUCUGAAACAGGGGGCUCUUAUCGAGUUAUACUUGACGAGCAUCAUUAUAAAGAGCUUCUUACUCAUUAUGUUAUACCUCCAGUUGCAACGGGAAAGUUAGGUUCUUCGUUAAUUCGAAUGGGAUUUCCAGAAUACAGAACUAACAGUCACCCGUCAAUGUGCCAAUGCCAUUUAGAUAGUAGAGUUGUUAAAAGUUUCAGCACUACCGGCUAUUUUUGUCCGCAGUGUAAAGCAAAAUAUUGUGAAUUACCGAUAGAAUGUCAGAUAUGUGGUAAAAUGAACAUAACAACUAAAACUAGGAAUAUGCGACUAAGCUUAGUUUCAGCGCCACACUUAGCAAGAUCCUACCAACAUUUAUUCCCAUUGGAAGAUUUUGAGGAAGUAGCUCUUGAUAAGAAGGAUGCAGAGAAACCCUUGUAA